UUGAUUUUUUCAGUCUCUUGUUCGAACAGUCACUUCAUAAAUAAAUUUAUUUUUCAGGUCCAUGGCUCAGAGCAAGGUAUCAAAGUAUGCCUGAGUUCAGGCCCAUGGAGGCGAAUAAUCCAGAAGCAGAGCCAAGAUUUGAAAACUUGGCGAAUAUUUAUCUGCCGAUGAGAAAUUCUGUUCCCGAGCCGACGACAACGACUCGAGGUCAGUCGUCGUACAAGUGCCCAAAUUGUAACCGCGUCUACCGGAGAGCUUCCUGCUUGAGACGUCACAUGCGCAUGGAGUGCGGAAAACAUCCCAGAUAUCAGUGUAGAAUCUGUAAUGGAAAAUUUACUUACAAACACAACUUGACCGCUCACAUGAAACUCCACGUCGAAGAGCCCAAGCACACAUAUGAGUUCGGUUUAUUGGAAGGCUACGAUAAAAAAUUCAUCUGCGGAGUGUGUCAGCGAGCGUACAGUACCUUGCAGGCUCUGCAGUUCCACCAGAGAAUCGAGUGUAAUCGCGAGCCGAAAUAUAAGUGUGUCUAUUGCUCGUACAAAACCGUCAGGCAGACAAAUUUAAGAAGACACAUGAGCACCCAUCUGUAAUCAACAUUACAGAUUUUUAAAAAAAAUGUUUUACUUGUCUUUGUACUUCUUAUGAAAUUUCAUUUUAACUAAUGGCAUAAAAUUUUUAUUGAAGUUUGCUAUCUUGAAGACGAAAUAAAUAAAAAAAAGUUGAUAAUAAAAACAAAUAAAUGAAUUUCGUUUUGUAAAUUAAUGACGGCGUCGUCAGACGUUCUGGAGAUUUUCAGGAAAGCAUGUAGUGAUUUGAAAACGACCUGCAUUUUCUUAAAAAACUUGUCUCUGUGUGUCGAUUAUUCUAAGAUGAGUUGCUGUGUGUUGUUACUUUGGUUUGCACGAAACUCUGGACGACUGAGGAUCCAAUGCUCGGAUGUCUGGUGGUGGGCAGUGGAAUCGAGAUCAAAAAUAUAUUUAACUACCCAGUGGGUUGUUGUCGUUGUUAUUAUCUUUGUUUCAUCUAAAAAUUUUGUAUUUUAUUUCAGAUUUAAGUGCGAUCUUCCAGAAUUACGAGCUGCUGCGCCAGUGGGUCAAUAAUAAGACCCCGGCGGGGCAAAUAAAAAUACCCAGAGGUAAUUUAAUGGGUAAAAAUAAAGACAAUCGUCCGUUCACCUGCGUAAAGUGCGGGAGAAAUUACAUGCGGAAGGACUCGCUGAUGCGACACAUACGCUGGGAAUGCGGCAAGGAUCCGACGUUCCAGUGCCCGUUCUGCCCCCACAGAUGCAAGAGGAAGCCGCACUGGAUGCGACACAUCAGGCGCCAGCAUGCCGAUAAAAUUGGAAACAUGGAAAAUUAUCUUCAUUCCUAUACUCCAAUUGCCGCUCAAAAAUAAUUUCCCGCUUAUUUUUUAAAUUAUUUAUCAUCAUUUUUAUUAUUAUUUUUUGUUUUUGUGUUUUUGGCUAAAUUUGAAUCAACGUUUUGUAGUUUAAUGUGUGUCUCAAUAAAUAAUUGAUUUAUUUGA